ACCGAUCUUGGCUUAUAACACCUUCAUGGCUCAGUCUGGCUUCGACCGAAGACGAAUCAAUGGCCCGGAGGAGAGCUUUCCUCCAACAUACGACGACGACGACAUCGAGGAUCCUGUAUGGAAGUUGGGAAUGCCAAGAAAAGGCAGAAAUCCAAACGACAUCCGGCCCAUUUUUCUCCAGCCAGGUCUUAUAACACAAGCAAAUGGGUCUGCAUAUAUCGAGACUGAAAAGACAAAAAUUGCUUGCGCCGUUUACGGCCCCCGACAGUCGAAAAACACUGCGUACAGCGAGAAUGGUCGAUUGAACGUUGAAGUGAAAUUUGCUCCCUACUCAUGUGAGCGGAGGAAAGCGCCGAUGCGUGAUGCCGAAGAUCGCUCUUUGGCUACUGCUAUACACCAAGCACUUUUAUCUUCAGUGCGCCUAGAGCUGCUGCCAAAGUCGACAAUCGAUAUUUUUAUUGUCAUCAUUGAAGCGGACGGUAUAGAAGGAUGCAUUGCAUCCGGCUCAGUAGCAGCCUGUACUGCCCUGGCUGAUGCUGGGAUUGAAAUGUUUGGACUCGUUGUGGCUUGCUCGGCGGCCCUUGUCGGACAAGAUAUAUGGUUAGAUCCGGCUGCGCACGAAACGGAGGCAUCCAGUGGAUCUCUGAUCCUGUCCACCAUACCGGCAUUAGGAAUGGUCACAAGUGUCUGGCAAAAUGGCCAAAUGCGACCUGAGGAGGUUCUCAAGUGCAUGGACCUUUGCCAAGAACGAUGUACAGAAAUUCACUCUGUCGUGGCUCAGGCACUGUUGGACAAUGUCCGCUCAAGCUGAGCAUUCGUUGUAAAGAAGCAAAAAAGUACCCUGUUGUUUUUACCACCCUUUAAUAUUGUAAAGUAUUCAGAGCAUUAUCAUAUCCAGCGCCUCGGGUCGGUCCAUUGGAGAUAGCCCCAUGAAAACACACAUUCUCCAGAAAUGGAAGGAUCAUGUCGGCGAUGAGAUGAAAUAUUCGGUACUAUGCCCAGCACGUACCGAUGUUAAGCUUAUCUGCCAAUAGUGCCGCACGACGG